AUGGCCGACCGCGUCCACCCGGCGCCACCGCCGCUCUCCUCCUCCCCACCUCAUCAGCCAGACUCCCAGCGCGCCGCCACCACUGCCGCCGCCGGCGCGGUGCCCCCGCCGACGGACACAACCCCACUGCAGCAGCACCCGUCCUUCGCGCGCCCGGCGGCGCCACCACCGGGGACCUACAUCGUGCAGGUACCCAAGGACCAGGUGCUCCGCAUCCCACCCCCAGACCGCGCGCGCCGCUACAAGAAGCUCUCCACCCGCCCGGCGCGGCGCCGCGCGCUGCGCCGCGCCUGCUGCUGCGCCUGCGCGGCCGUCCUCCUGAUCCUCGCCCUCGCCGCCGCCUUCGCGGGCGCCGUCUACCUCGUCUACCGCCCGCGCGCGCCGGCCUUCACCGUCGCCUCCCUCUCCAUCCACGGCCUCAACGCCACCUCCCUCGCCCUCUCCUCUUCCUCCUCCUCCCUCGCCCCGCGGCUCGACGCCGUCGUGCGCGCGGACAACGCGCGCAACGCGAAGGUCGGAAUCGAGUACCGCGGCGGCGGGGCCGUGGCGGUGUCCUACGACUCCGGCAGUGCGAGGCUCGCGGCGGGCCCGUGGCCGGCGUUCCGGCAGCCGCCGAGGAACGUGACGGCGUUGGCGGUGUCCAUGACGGGCAACGGCGUGCGGCUCACGGAGGAGCAGGCGGCGAGGAUCGCCCGGGAGCAGGCCGCCGGCGCCGUGCCGCUGCAGGUGGAGGUCACCGUGCACGUCAGGCUCCGCUUCGGCGGCGUGCUCCGGACCUGGACCAUUGACGUCAGGGCGCGGUGUGAUGUGGCCGUCGAUAGGCUCGACGGCGACGCCGUCGCUGUUAACAGAGGGUGUAGGGUCAAGGUCAGACCGCUCUGGUGGUGGUGGUGA